CACUCUCUCAUUCCACUUUACUCCCACCUUUACCUGCAAUAUCUAGACCUCAAACCUGAACGAUACGUUCUUCAUAACCAGUUCACCGUCUAGCUCUCCACAAAGAUCAUUCUUCAAUUCUGAUUCGAGCACUUCUCUCCCGAUAUCUCCCAUUAGAAAUGAUUUCCAAUGCGUUACAGAUCAAUUCUUCAAGUCUGACAAAUCUGAUUCUAUGAUUGUCGCCAAUGAAGAUUUUUUCGAAUUACACUCAAGUGCAUCAUCAAGCGAAAUUGAUUCAUUGAAAAAUAUUUUUUAUGAUUACUCUGAAAAUGAAGACGAAGAGAAAGUAAAUGAAUCGGGAUUUGUUUCUGCUUCACCUCAGAAUUCCAUUCCCUUGAAAGCUGGCGGGACAUUGAGUUCGAAUCGUGUUCAUAAGAAUCUGGAUGCAUCGUUUGAUGAGGAUAUCCCCUAUUGGAAUGGUUUGAUGAACUGUAACAGGGUGAUGUUUCCUGCCUUAAAAGACGAGACUCCCAAGAAGAAUAAGAUCAACAAGACACAAACCAGUCCAUUAAAAUGGAAAAAUCAUACUCUUGUCAAUGGAUUCACAGUUUUCCCCAAUUCAGUUGAUAAUCAGAAAGUUAAUAACACAAUCGGAGUUUUAAUUUGUGAAGAAAUGGAUGAUUCAAAUGCUACUAGAACCAAUGAACUGAAAAAGAAAUUUGACGUUCAUUCAUCAAAUAAGAAAGACUGUGAUUUAGAACAGGAUGGAAUUCAAGUGGUAGCACCAAAUGCUCAACCGGAAAAUGCUACGAAUGAUCAGCAACAAAAAACGGUUUCUAAUGUAGAAUCGUCUGCAUCUGAAGAGCUGAGGAAUUUCGGACAAAUUCUUCCAUCGCCACCUGACAACCCAUUAUCACUAGACGAUCUCCCGUUUAGUCAAAAUAUUCCAACUCAAGAUUCGUUUAGGAGUUUUGUAAUUAACAAAAAUAAUUAUAUCAUUCCGAAUCUGGACCAGAAAUGUUUAAGUAUUUUGAAAGAUGUUUCAACCCGUCAAAAGGAGAUAAUGUCGACGAUUGUGAAUCUUUUUCAUCAUUUAUCGAAAUUAGAACUGGAAGGAAGCAAACUUUUCUUGCAGGUUCAAUCCCGAGCAACGUGGGAUAUUUGCUCCAUGGAAAAGGAUAUUCUGACAAGGCAGAAUACACAAGAAGAUAGCUUGAAAACCAUUAAUUUUCAUCAUAAAAAUGGAAAACAUCGCUUCGUUUUGAUAGUAUUUCUACUAUCGGAGAUCUUCAAGCUCCUAGCUCACGGAUCAUGUUGCACAAAACGGGAGUUGUACUAUCGUGAUCCUCAAAUCACUCAUAAUCAGCGAAAUGUAGAUGAAGCUCUGCGAGACGUGUGUUUCCUCGUGAAGGCAGAUCUUUGGGAAAUGAAUGUAUUUUCCUCGUCUAAAGGACUCAUCGCAGGACCAAUGAAGUUUUGUUCGAAGCACGAAGAAAUGGUUGACUGUUUCAACUCCCUUGGAACGCAAAUACCAGCCGAUGUGAAUGGAUUAAUGGAAAUCCAAGUCGAUGCGGAUUUGAUACUGAUUGUCGAAAAAGAUACAGUGUUCAGAAGACUUCUGGAUGACGGUAUUCUCUCCCGAUUGUCGAAGAAGAUCGUCAUGGUUACGAGCAAAGGAUACCCGGAUGUUGGGACAAGACUGCUGCUAAAAAGGAUUUGGGAUACGUUUAAAACUCCAAUGUAUGCUCUUGUUGAUGCUGACCCCUUCGGGAUCGAAAUCUAUUGUGUGUACAAAUUCGGAUCGCUGGCCCUCUCCCAUCAAUCGACUCUACUGGCUGUUCCAUCGAUUCGAUGGCUGGGACUCCGACCUUCUCACAUAGCGUUGCUGGAUUUGAAACUACUUCCGCUCACCGCGCGGGAUCAAAAUCGUAUCAAAGCACUAUUGAUACGUCCCUACAUUGGUCAACCGGGGUGUGAGCUCUACCAGGAGCUGAAACUGCUUCAGGAAAUUAACGGCAAAGCAGAGAUCGAAAGCCUGGCUGACAUUUCGAUGGAUUACUUAAUUAGCGAGUAUUUUCCAAAUCAACUCAGGUUGAUUAAUGGAACAAGAAAUUAA